AUGGUAUCUGUCUUAAGUUGUGUUCUCGUAUUGUAUUUAAUUUCUGCGGGAUUUUCCGAGUAUCAGCCAACAUGGCCAUCAUUAGACUCGAGACCACUCCCGGCUUGGUACGACGAAUCCAAACUAGGGAUAUUCAUUCACUGGGGCGUGUUUUCAGUGCCUAGCUUCUACUCGGAAUGGUUUUGGUACUACUGGCGUGAAGGUAGAGAGAAGACUGUGAGAUUCAUGGCUGAAAACUACAAACCCGGAUGGACGUACGCCGACUUCGCAGCCGAGUUUACAGCGGAGUUUUUUGAUGCGACUCAGUGGGCCGAGCUAUUCAAAGCAUCGGGUGCGAGGUACGUUGUGUUGACCAGUAAACAUCAUGAAGGUUUCUGCAACUGGCCCACAAAGGUUUCUUUCAACUGGAACUCCAUGGACGUGGGUCCCAAACGAGAUACUGUAGGUGAGCUCGCUGCGGCCAUCCGCAGCAGAACUGACAUCCACUUCGGCUUGUAUCACUCGAUGUUUGAAUGGUUUAAUCCACUCUACUUGAAGGACAGACAAACCAAUUUCAGCACAGAUUAUUUUGUUAAGGAGAAGCCAAUUCCAGAGCUAUAUGAGCUUGUAAAUCGCUACAAACCGGAAGUCAUCUGGUCUGAUGGUGUGAAGGAGGCCCCAGAUACUUACUGGAAGUCCCGAGAAUUCAUCGCAUGGUUGUAUAACAAGAGUCCAGUGAAGGAUACAGUGGUGAUCAAUGACAGAUGGGGUAGUCAGACAUUGUGUCGUCACGGAGGAUUCCUUACCUGUAAGGACAGGUAUAAUCCAGGAAAACUCCAGAAGCGAAAAUGGGAGAAUGCCAUGACAAUUGAUAAACAUUCGUGGGGAUACAGGAGGGAGGCCACCCUGAAAGACAUGAUGAACAUGACAGAACUGGUAACGAUGUUUGUCACCACCGUUAGCUGCGGUGGCAACAUGCUGGUGAACGUCGGCCCCACGAAGUCUGGUCGCAUCAUCCCGUUCUUUGAGGAACGUCUACGUCAACUGGGCGGCUGGCUGGCUGUCAACGGAGAGGCGAUCUACUCCUCUAAACCGUGGACCCACCAGAACGACACUGUCACUGGAACUGUGUGGUACACCUCAAAGAAAGGUGCCGCCAGUACCACAGUAUACGCGAUAUCUUUGAUGUGGCCCAGAUCGAGUCUUGUUCUAGGAGCACCUCGAGUUUCAGUUGACACCAAAGUCACUCUUCUAGGUUACCAUGGAAACAUUAGUUAUAAGAAACAUGUUUCCGGUGGCAUUGAACUUGAAAUUCCAUUUAUUUACAUGGACGACAUGCCAUGUCAGUGGGCGUGGACGUUUAAAAUCACUAACAUCGUCAACUGAAAUUCACAUCAUCAUAUUGUUACUUUCGUGUUUCGCACAGUACAUGUAGCCAAAUUAUUUUUUGUUAUAGUAUUACUAUUAUUUUUAUACCACAAUGCUCUUUUCUCAAAUAAAGUACAAACCACAA